GUUGUAAAUUUGUCUGUAGUGGGUUUAGCUACAACCACGAUGAUGAUGUCCGCUUCAUGUGCAUCAGAUGCUUUGAAGUUCCUGACAACUUCACCAAUCAAGGACACCAGCAUCGUCUUUUUUGUGACUGGCAACAUUAUGAGGAAUGCAAUAGCUGUGGAAGUAAAAGAAGUCGAUUCUUUAAUAGAUGCAAGGAAUGCAACUUUUUCUUGUGUGAAAUGUGUACUGUGCUGCCACUUACAACCUGGGAGAUCCCCAUAUGUCAAGCUUGGAUUGACUUUCACAUAUGAUUUGCAUCAACACCCUCUCACCUUUGUGAAGGAAGAUUUUGACUACUUUAAAUGCAACAGGUGCGGCAAGCGUUGUAAAAAUGUGUUCCUCAAAUGUUCAGAAUCAUACUGUAAGUUCGCUUGCCACUUGCAUUGUGCUCCGUCCCCAGCAUGGCAAUGGCAAAGAUGUGCUUUGCUUCCAAACUUGAUUGCUGGAGAUUUCUCAAAGCUGGAACAUUUUAGCCAUCAACAUUCACUCUUCUUCAUUCAAAACCACUAUAUUGAACCCCAAGAUCUAUCUUGCUCUGCAUGUGAAGAGCCCACAUCGGGUCCUGUUUAUUGUUGUUUUGAUUGUUCGUUUUUCCUGCAUCCGAAAUGCUUUGUGUUACCCAUUGAGAUCAAACACCCUAGUCACCGCAAACACUCGCUCACCCUUCUACCCAAACCUCCACCUCAUCCAAAGAAAAGUUCUUGCUAUUUAUGCACCAAAGCUUUCAAGGGAUGCACCAAAGCUUUCAAGGGAUUCAUUUAUUAUUGUUCUCUUUGUGAUUUUGGCAUUAUGAUCAAGUGUACUUUCUAUGAUAAAGUGAUCAAAAGUGAGAACCACGAGCAUCCAUUUAUCCUUGUAUCAAAACCAUUCUCUUUCGUUUGUAAUGCUUGUGGUACUGAUGGGAAGUACUGCUUUCCUUAUGUAUGCACUGAAUGUGACAUUGCAAUUCAUAAGGAUUGCAUUUCAUUCCCAUGGAAGAUCAAGAUAACAAGGCAUGAGCAUCCACUUUCCCACAUUUAUUUCCUUGAAGAAUAUGAGGGAAAAGACAAGGUGUGUAGAAUUUGUUGGGAUGAAAUUAAUGUGGAAUAUGGGAGUUACCGUUGUCUACGUGGGUUUAGCUACGACCGAGAUGAUGAUGCCCGCUUCAUCUGCAUCAGAUGCUUUGAAGUUCCUGACAACUUCACUAAUCAAGGACACCAGCAUCGUCUUGUUUAUGGCAAGAGACAAUAUGAGGAAUGCAAUAGCUGUGGAAGUAAAAAACAUGCUUUCUUUAAUAGAUGCAAGGAAUGCAACUUUUUCUUGUGUAAAACAUGUACUGUGCUGCCGCUUACCCCUGGUGCAAGUGCGGCAAGCAUUGUAAAAAUGUGUUUCUCAAAUGUUCAGAAUCAUAUUGUAAGUUCAGUCGCCACUUGCAUUGUGCUCAGCCCCCAGCAUGGCAAAGAUCUCCCUUUUGUCAAUUGUGGUUAUUCAACUGUUGUUAUCCCAGGAUAUGGUGGGGGCAUGAGUUCUGCAAAGGCUGCAUUGGAGAGUGAUACACGAGUGCUGGCUUUCGAAGCUGGAAGAAAACACAAAAUCAGAGUCAACACAAUAUCUGCAGGUCCAUUAAGAAGUCGUGCUGCUAAAGCAAUUGGAUUUAUCGAUAUGAUGAUUGAUUAUUCACUGGCUAAUGCACCACUGCAGAAAGAACUUUCAGCAGAGGAGGUGGGGAAUGCUGCUGCCUUUCUGGCAUCACCUUUGGCCUCUGCAAUCACCGGUGCUGUUGUGUACGUCGACAAUGGUCUGAAUGCAAUGGGAGUGGGAGUUGACAGUCCAAUAUUUGAAAACCUUGAUAUUCCAAAAGAUAAAUAGAGCUAUGUUGUGACUUGUGAGUGGUACAAUAUCUGAGAACCUUGAUUUUCAUAAAGAUGACCAGAGCUAGUGUUGAGGUUUCGUGGAUCACGUUUGGUGCAUUUUAUUGAGUACAAUGAUUUAGCAGUAAUAAACUGUUUCGAGGAUCACGUUUGGUGCAUGAAUCAAUAGUCUUACUUUCAAUUUCUUCUUUGCCUUCUCAAGCUCAAGAGGAUCCAGAUGACUUGCAUCAAAAACCUUCUCCACCUGUUAGAAAAAGAUAUAGAUAACUGAUCUUGGAUUUAUGAACUAGCUAAAGUGAAAUAUUACAAAUCUGUUCAAGCCCUCCAAUAAAUACCUCCUUCACUA